CUGCAGCCUCAGCGAGGGCCUGCAAGCCUGCGGACCCGGAGGAGAUACCCUCAUUUGUCCUCCCGGCAUGUACCAGGAAACCCUGCUGGUGGAGCAGCCGGUGCGACUGGUGGCAGCUGACCUCUGGCAGCGCGGCCGGGCGCGACUGGAGCAACUGCGGGCGCAUCCACAGCAGCAGGUGCAACAGGUGCAAGUGCAGCAGGUGCAGGUGCAGCCUUUGCAGCAGCAGGUUGCGGUUCAGGGAGGGUCUCAGGUUCGAGGGUCUCAGGUUAAGCCCGGACAGGAAGGGGGCCAGCAGGACCAGCAGCAACAGCACGCGGCGGCCCUGCUGCCAGCGUCACCGCCACCACCACUGCCACCACCCACACUGCCAUCAACCACAUCGCAAGGGGCGGAGGCCGCAAGGGCGGGGGUGGUGGCGGCUGCGGCUGCUCCUGGGGUGGCGGUUAUGACGUUGCGACCGCCGGUGGUGGUCAUGAACAGAAGGUGUUGCUUCGUGGGUUUCGAGUUCCACACCGCCACCGCCAACGACGAGGUCAGCAUUUGCUGCUACGGGCCCGAUGCGCUGGUGGCAAGGUUCGAGCACUGCACCUUCAGCGGGCUGACGGG